CUCGAUUCCGGAACUCCAGGUCCAUCUUGCCCAGGCAGGACCAGGCUCAAGCACCAUGGACCUGGGGCUUGCAGGUCGGCGGGCGCUGGUCACCGGCGCGGGCAAAGGCAUCGGGCGCAGCACUGUGCUGGCGUUGAAGGCGGCUGGUGCACAGGUUGUGGCGGUGAGUCGGACGCGAGAGGACCUGGACGACCUGGUCCGCGAGUGUCCUGGUGUGGAGCCUGUGUGUGUGGACCUGGCCGACUGGGAGGCCACAGAGCAGGCCCUAAGCAAUGUGGGACCCGUGGACCUUCUGGUGAACAAUGCUGCUGUGGCUCUGUUGCAGCCCUUCCUGGAGGUCACCAAGGAGGCCUGUGACACAUCCUUCAAUGUGAAUCUUCGGGCUGUCAUCCAGGUGUCUCAGAUUGUGGCCAAGGGCAUGAUAGCUCGGGGAGUUCCAGGAGCCAUUGUGAAUGUCUCCAGCCAGGCCUCCCAACGUGCACUGACCAACCAUACUGUCUACUGUUCCACCAAGGGUGCUCUGGACAUGUUGACCAAGAUGAUGGCCCUAGAGCUUGGGCCCCACAAGAUCCGUGUGAAUGCAGUAAACCCCACAGUAGUGAUGACACCCAUGGGCCGGACCAACUGGAGUGACCCCCACAAAGCUAAGGCCAUGCUGGAUCGUAUCCCACUGGGCAAGUUCGCUGAGGUGGAGAACGUCGUGGACACCAUUCUCUUCCUGCUGAGCAACCGGAGUGGCAUGACCACUGGCUCCACUUUGCCAGUGGAUGGGGGCUUCCUGGCUACCUGAGCCCCCUGCCCACCGACACUCUGCUCAGCUCUCUGCUCAGGACACUGUGCCCUCCGCCCCUGCAAUAAAGCUCUCUGCUCAGCCUGUGUGCUGAUUCUCCAGGAGGCACAGAUCUGUGCUAUCUGUGACCCAAAGCAGGUGUUGCCUGGUUCUCACACUUUCAGCCUUGACAGCUUGGGGUGGAAGGUAGUCGGAUCUUCCAGAAGGCUGGAUCCUCACGAGGUUGAUCAACCUGUCUAAAGAUAGCUUGUCCAGAAAUUGUGGAUUUUUGGUAAGAACAAAACCAGCUCCAUGUGUUUUUGACAUGGCUUCCCGGUGACUCUGCUUACACAUCAGCGACAACCCCACACACCAGGAGAAGAUAGGUGGUAGACAUUACUCAUUUGCCAAUGAACUGAAUAACUCUGUGGGGCUGGAGGCAGAGCUGUUUCGAACACGUGAACAUUCCCACAACUUCUUUCUCUGCUAUUUACAACAUGGUGAGAAUCCUGGUGUAUUGUUUGCAAUAUCUCACUUCCAACAGCCUGGGCCACUGAAGGUCCAGCCCUGGUUGGUUUGCUGCACCGCACGGUGCAGAACUCCCACCAGAACUGACUUUUUGUUUUGUUUUGUUUUGUUUCGAGACAGGGUUUCUCUGUGUAGUCCUGGCUGUCCUGGAACUCACUUUGUAGACCAGGCUGGCCUCAAACUCAGAAAUCCACCUGGCUCUGCCUCCCGAGUGCUGGGACUAAAGGUGUGCGCCACCACGCCCGGCCAGAGCUGACUUUUAAACUGUUUAUCUGACAUCAUUUGAUGAGGAGUUGAGGGGGACAUGGAGCUGAGGGGGUCCAUAGUAGCACCCCAUACACACACUGUCAUGAGAUAUAGAGGCUAGCGACAUAUAUUAAUCAAGGAAGUGAAGAAUUUGUUAAUUUUGUUCUCAGCACAACUAAUUACAAACUGAUAUGAUUUAAUUAUU